AGACUUCCAGCACUCGCAAAUGAAAGUUAAUAAAGUAAGAAGAUAGUUUGAAUUUUGCGCUGAAGCAGCAUGUCCACUGGGGAAUCAGUGAGAGAAAUUAUUUUUCCCACAUAUUGAGAUGUUGGAAGCACUAGCUCAACUUUGGUUGCAAGGAUUUCUGAUCGAGGAAAUUUCAAUAGAGCUUUUGUUAAUUAAAUUUUAAAUAUUUUUCAUUAUUCUAUUCACGACGAAUAAUUUAUUUUUUCUAUUUAUUAUUCACUUGAAAGUAUAUCGUCUGCCAAAUCUGAAAUCUUUCAGAUGAUAUAACAGCUGUUUCUUCCUGCAAGGCUGCAAGCCCUUGGACUUGACUACAGACACAGACGCUGCAAGCUCCAGCUCUACAUGCACAUUGCGACUGUCAUUAUCCUAUACAGUAUUCAGUAAAUCAAUACUUCGCCCUUUAAAUACAAUAUUUGGAUUACCUGCUUUUAAAAAUUAUUUCAAAAUUGAAAUUGUGCAAAAUUGAAUCUGGUGGGAUGCAUGAAGACGAGAGGGUGGUUGAAGAGCUUGAAGCGCUCAAAGCUAUACUCAUGGACGAAAUAAUCAUAAAAACUGAUGACAGAGGCUACGCAGUCGGUCUGGAGACAGACGUGCUGCCGUACACGGCACUGGACGUUGACCAGCAGUUUGUGCGCAUCACUCUGGACAUCAUUCUGCCGACCGGAUAUCCGGACCGAUCGCCCGCGGUCAGUCUGCGAAAUCCGCGCGGUCUCGACGACUCUACGCUCGAUGCGCUCAAACAGCAGAUCACCGACAAGUGCAACGAGUACCUCGGCCAGCCUGUCAUAUUCGAGAUUAUCGAGGUUGCAAAGGAGAACCUAACAGCGAGCAACGUGCCGUGCUGCGAGUGCUGCAUCUGCCUGUAUGGCUUCAGAGAUGGCGACCAGUUCACCAAGACCCAGUGCUAUCACUACCUGCACACCUACUGUCUGCACAAGCACCUCGACGCCUCUCUCGCCGCCUUCCACGACCAGCAGGCGUCGCUGCCGCUCUGGCAACGCACUCAGCGAUUUCAGGCAGUAUGCCCAGUAUGCAGAGCGCCGAUAACCUAUGCAGCGGGAGACCUGUCGGGGGCGGCUCCGCCCCAGGAGGUGGAGGAGGCACCGCGCAAGUUCGAGCCGACCGCCGAGUUGCGCCGCCUCCAGAAGGACAUGGCCGCCCUCUACCUGCGACAGAAGCAGCAGGGGGGCAUCAUAGUCGAGCAGGACAACACCAUCACUCUUGUCACUGUAAGCAGUAUGCCCAGUAUGCAGAGCGCCGAUAACCUAUGCAGCGGGAGACCUGUCGGGGGCGGCUCCGCCCCAGGAGGUGGAGGAGGCACCGCGCAAGUUCGAGCCGACCGCCGAGUUGCGCCGCCUCCAGAAGACAUGGCCGCCCUCUACCUGCGACAGAAGCAGCAGGGGGGCAUCAUAGUCGAGCAGGACAACACCAUCACUCUUGUCACUGUAACUCUCUUGAUUCUCUUGAUUGUAUUCUAUUAUGUUGUGUUACAGGCAGUAUGCCCAGUAUGCAGAGCGCCGAUAACCUAUGCAGCGGGAGACCUGUCGGGGGCGGCUCCGCCCCAGGAGGUGGAGGAGGCACCGCGCAAGUUCGAGCCGACCGCCGAGUUGCGCCGCCUCCAGAAGGACAUGGCCGCCCUCUACCUGCGACAGAAGCAGCAGGGGGGCAUCAUAGUCGAGCAGGACAACACCAUCACUCUUGUCACUGAUUCCAGCCAAAACGCAGCAGCUAACAGAUGACACAAAUCCGGCACAAGCCUCAUGUUACCAAACGAAACCAACAUCACAUGAUGCACAAGAUGCAGUUUCUAUGCAACUCCUGGUUGCAUUUUCGGUGCAGUUUCAAAGCAUUGCACUUCUACGUGUUGCAAUUAUCGUUAUAAAUGUCGUCAAGAUCCAACUAAUAUUCCUAAUCAGUGUGCUUACAACCUCUAUCCCAAACCCUGUGCUUACAAUGAAAAUCCUCAACCAUGUGCUUACAAUUUCUAUGUAAAUCCUAAACCCUGUGCAGAUGUAUCAACUAUUCCUAAACCCUGUGCUCACAAAUAUUCAUAUGUAAAUCCUAAACCCUGUGCAGUUCUAUCAACUACUCCUAAACCCUGUGCUUACAAUUUGUAUGUGAAUCCCAAACCCUGUGCUUAUAAAUAUGUCUAUGUAAAUCUUAAACCCUGUGCAGAUCUAUCAACUAUUCAUAAACUCGGUACUUACAAUUUCUAUUGUGAGAUUCCUUUCAUACUGUCAGAGUCGAAUGAAUGGAAAUCAUCUAUGUUACCUUCAAGGAAUCCUGACAGUAUGAAGCAAAUCUCUUUAUAUGAGGGCCAUAGAUUCUUUCCUAAUAUUAUAUUCUACAGUAAUUAUUAUUGCCAUAUUAUAUCAAUAUGUUUUUCGUUAAUUUACUUUCAUCAGGUAUUAAACAAAAAUGAGCAAUUCAAGAACUCUGUCACACUAUUCAAAUUAUUGUCACCAAUUUCGAACUUAUUAUCGUACAUUUUUAUGAUUUUUGUAUUUACUAUAAUAAUUGAUGUAAAAAGUGUUAUUUUUAGGUGUCGUCGCUUCGAAACUAUUCCAAUGAUAAAUGUUGUACUAAAUGUUGCCAUGUCAAAUUACAAAUAUGUUCUCUAGCAGGA